AGGCUGAGUGUGUCCUCGUUAUAAAAGCAGCUCAGUGUGAUCAGUUGAAACUCGUCUGAACUCGUCUCUGCUUCAGGUGUCGACACGUCAAGUCACGAUGAGUCCGAAACACGUUGUCUUCAAGAAAGUUUCCCGCGACAAGUUGGUUGCCGUCUACAUGGCCAAGAGAGACUUUGUGGAUCACUGCAACUUUGUGGAUCCAGUCGAUGGAGUGAUCCUCAUCGACCCGCAGCUGCUGCAGGGAAAGAAAGUGUACGUGAUGUUGUCGUGCACGUUUCAAUACGGUCGUCAGGACAUGGACGUGUUGGGCGUGGCCUUCAGGAGGGACCUGUUCCUGGUGACUCGUCAGGUUUAUCCUGAGCUGCAGGACAAGGACAAUCUAACUCACACUAAGAUCCAAAGGAAGCUGCUGCAAAAGCUCGGAGACAACGCAUUCCCCUUCUUCUUUGAGUUUCCAGACAACCUGCCGUGUUCCGUCACUCUGCAGCCGGGACCUUCUGAUGUGGGAAAGAAAUGUGCCGUGGAGUUUGAGGUUAAAGCGUUCUGUGGUCAGCACCAGGACGAGAAGACCAACAAACAGAGUUCAGUUCGUCUCAGUAUCCGUAAGAUCCAGUUCAGUCCAGAGAACCAGGACCUGGUUCCUGUGGCAGAGAGCACCUUCGAGUUCCUGAUGUCAGAGAGACCUCUGUCCGUCAAGCUGAGCCUGUCCAAAGAGACGUUUUAUCAUGGUGAGCCGGUCAUUGUGAACGUUGACAUCACAAACUCGUCCAACAGGAACAUCAAAGACAUCAGUGUGUCAGUCGAGCAGGUGACCAAUGUCGUUCUUUACUCCAACGACAAAUACGUCAAGUCCGUCGCUAAAGAGGAAACAGAGGACUCUGUUCCAUGUGGGACGUCUCUGAAGAAACACUACACACUGUUUCCUGUUCUGACUCACAACAAAGAUCGAAGAGGAGUCGCUUUGGAUGGACGACUGAAACAUGAAGACACAAGCCUGGCUUCAUCCAGCAUUGUGAAACAGGAAGUAAUGAAGGAUGUUCAGGGGAUCCUGGUGUCGUAUAAAGUGGUGCUGAGGAUGAUUGCCAGUGGGACGCUGGCAUCCAGUGAGGUGUCUCUGGAGGUUCCGUUCAGACUCAUGAAUCCUAAACCUGAACCAGCCAAAGAGAGAGAACCUGACGACAUGGUGUUUGAGGACUUUAAGCGAGCCUACCUGAAGGGCGUGGUCUACGGAGAUGAUGAUGAGUCUCCUACUGAGGCGUGAAGAGCGUCACUGCCGUCUGUCACCUUCCAGAGCCGAAGACAAAAACAGGAUGUGUCCUGCAGCGCCCCCCUCAGGACAAACAUUACAUUCAGCUGUGCUGCUGUUCUAUGGUACAGUGACUCAGGCUGCAGGGGACGCUAUGGGGAACAAACUGACUUGUGGCUCUGGAGUUCUACUUGCUGUCAAAUGUUCCUUACGCUGCUCAGUAACGAUGUAUUGAUCCGUUGUCAGGAGUGAAUCUGUUUCAUCACAGGCCUCAUCCUGACGAAUGUUCGCAUCUUUUUUUAGUUGAUGACAACGGGCUUUCUGUCUAAAUAAAACAAACUGUUGUGAUCACGUCUGUGUCAUAAAAACGUAUGUUCUACCAGCA